CGCCCCCACAUUUCCAGGGACCGGCGCAUUCAUUACCAGAUUGAGCAAGCAUUUUUCCCAAUUCCCAUCCAGCCGUCUUUCGCAAUUCUUACACCAUAGGUUGGAAUUUUUUUGUGUUUUUGAUUUUAUUUUAUUCUCUCGUUUCUACCCACAUGGUCGAGGCAUGUUUCCCAUGCCCGCUUCUUUGUUUUUCGCAAGAUAUACCUAGGUAUAUCGUUAGAUCCGACGUUCCUUCGAGUACCUAACCGAUUCGCUUUGAUCCUUGAUCCUUUCAUUUCUCCCAGGUGGAUUGGUUGACGGUCAGUAGGUCUUUGACGUGUCACAUCCGCCAACAUUCAUUCAUUCGAAAAAUACACCAAAUCGACAAGGUUGCGGGGUGAAUUUUAGUUAUAGGCGUGGAUUCAAAUCGAGUGAUUCACCAGCCGAGGAGACGAUAUUUUGGUAGUUUGCGUUGUAUUUGCGGCUGGACGAGGUGCUACUCCCACGGGUUGGGGAACAUACGACUCAUACCACCGUUUCGUACCAUGGAUCUUUAGCAAACGUUUCUACAUCCGAUCAUUUUUACGAAUAACCACAGACUUUACUCCAAUAUUUUCUAUUCAACACCCCUACAGCAUAGGUGGAUAUUGGGGGAUUACGCGAUGCCGCACGUCGGCAUUUUAAUGGAGCGUAGUCUCCAAGAACGCAGCCUUAGGGAUGCGUUCGCGGAUCUCUUCGCACGAAGCGCUGUCGCUGCGCUGGGCAAACGGGAAUCUCUUGAGUCGCUUACAGGCGGAAAUUCCGACCCCAGGGUUGCCUUCUCUAGUUGGGGUAACUGUAUGCAGGCUGAUAUCUGCAAGUGGCCGGCAAUUGCCGUAAUCAUUAUCGGUGGUCUCAUCAUUUUCUCUAUCGUUUGGUGUAUCGCGCGAUGUCUCUGCUGUGGACUUUCGUGCUGUUGCGAGUGUUGCUACUGUCUAAAGUGCUGCGGUAAUUGUUGCGGGUGUUGUGACCCCCCUAAAGGAAAGCGGGCUAAGUAUCUCGACGAACCAUUCGUCCCACCGCACCAUGAAGAGAACCAGGCCUAUCGCUCUCAGGCGCCGAUGACACCAGGAUUACCCAGAGCAGCUUCACCUUCCGUGCCUCAGUAUGCUGUAUUCGACGACGGCAACAAGAAAGAUGCAGACGCAUUACCUGCCAUGCCAAGCUGGGAGGGCGCGAAAUCACAGAAGGUUCUGAUUGAGGAAGAACCUGUUGAGAUGGAACCAUUGAAGAAGUCAGAGAAUGUCCGGAACAAUUCUUUCCCUAUGAGCAACCUUCCACCGCAUACGACUACACCAAGCCCGGUUUCUCCCGAGAAUAGAAACCCCUACGGACCACCACCAGCACAGGGCGGUCCUAAUGGUUAUAUGGCAGCAGCACGAGCUGGUCCAGAUCCGUAUUCUGCAAAUGGACAAGGCUACGACAGCUAUAACGGUUACAAUGGAUAUGGACAGGCUCCCGACGAAAAUGUGAACCAGGGAUAUGGCAUGGCAGCUGGACCAGUGAGAACCCAAACACCUCACCAUGACUAUAAUAACGGUUAUGGAAGAGGCGGGGCUGAGCAAGGUUAUCCCCAAUCGCGAACUCCGAGACCCUACAACGACGAGUACGGCCGCAGUGCCAGUCCUGCGUCAUACGGUGCCCCGCCUAGCUACCGCACUGCGCCGAGCAAUAAUGGAUACGGUAAUCCCUCGCGAAUGGCGUCGCCGGGCCCACAAGCAGGUUAUGGCUACGGUAAUGGCAAUGGCAACGGAGCUCCAUCUCGUAUGCGUACGCCCGGCCCCCAACCAGGCUACGAUUAUCCUCAGAGGUCACAGACACAAACACCCAACAGUUACAACCGCCAAUAUCCCCCGGCGCCCCUGCGACAAUAUUCAAACGACUCUACCCGGCCGCUAGUACAGCCAGCGCCCCAGCGACAGUAUUCAAACGACUCUGCCCGACCGCUAGUACAGCCGGCGCAAGACCAGCAAUACUUAGAUGAACAGGGACAGCGAUCACCUAUCCAGAACAACAGCGGCUUCGACUUCAGCUCUGGCUAUAGCCGCUCAGAAGCCCCUCCUGCGCAAACGCAGACGCAGACCGCAAACGGGGGAACUGCCUACCCCGGUUACCGCCCAUACAAGCCCCAAGGGCAGCCCCAGCAGGAUAACUGGAACGGAAUGUAAUUGCGAUCAGCGUAACGGAGUUGGUUCUACUAAUUAAAGUGUACCAAAAUAAAACCAACCAUAGGAGGUCCGACUAAUACACGAACCGGACGGGCAUUAUGCGGCGAUCUGAUGGGGUUUUGUAUUCAGUGACAAAGAAGGCGUUUCGGGAAAAGGGGAGGGGCGAUCAUUUGCAUAGCAAUGAUGGAAUUCAGAUAUAGAGGUUUGCCGAUGCUUUUGCGAUUUGCCAUUUGCCAUUUGCGGUUGAACGCCAAAAAAUUCCCCGGCCGAGUUGUGUGCUUAUACAUAGGGACAGACAGAUGUACUACUAGGAUACCUACCUACCUGCAAAUACAAGCCUAUAUACCAUAGGCUGGUAUAUAAGGAAAUAGGUUCAUUUCACAUAUGCGCGCGGGUGUUUUCAAUAAUUCAAAUAAAUCACGAAGUGUUUACGAAGUGCAAGACCAUUAUCGUGUUUAUUGAAAAAAUGCUAAAAAGGGG